UUGGCGCGAGGGGAAAAUGUUUGAAAGAAAUGUAAACGCGCGAGCAGUAUAAUAACAUCAACUGGUAGGACGGCGUCGUUCACUGGUUUCCCACAGAAGAGGAUCGCGAAAUCUAAAUAGGACAUCUGAAAAUAUGCAACAGACUUGUCAGUGUCAGCUGUCAGAACUUUAUUUGGCCAAACUGAACGCGUUGUGCAAAGUGAUGGUAUGCUCUCAAAGCUAAUGUAACUUAUAGCAUAUCGCUAAGCUUCAGGGUGGUUCGUAACUUUACCUUUAACGUUAACGUACAAAGUGCUAACUACAAAAAAAUCUUCGAUUUGAAUGUCGUGAUUUUAAGAGGAUAGUCACUCUAAUUCCACUGCAGAAAGGCUUACUCACUACAUAUCACGGACCUAUCGCCAAGUGUGACUCAACCUGGGGAAGCAUUUUGCAUCGACCUACCACACGUAUUUAUCUCUGACAGAUGCCUUCUUUAUCUUUCUCCAUUGGCAUAUUUUUACAAGACACUUUUGGACCUAUAUCUUAUUUUUUGUUAUUUUAAUAAAAACCAGAAAACCUCACCAUCCCUGCAUUAUUAUGUCUGUCACCAUGGAAACCAACGUGGCCACCACCCCUCUACCCAUCCCGGUCCACUUCUCCCACGCCCAGCAGUCCUUCUCUCUGAAGAGGAGAAGGUUCCCGUUCUCUGUGCCCUCCUCCGCUGCCCUUGCUUCCCCCUCCCGUCUCUCCAGCUCUUUGCCACCACGGCCCCCCUCCAAAGGGUGCCCCCCCGUCAGUCGCUUGUUCCCACAGGAACUCCCUUCGGCCUGGACCCCGCUGUCGCGCUCACUGAUCGCCAAGCCCCCUCCACCCUCAGUCUAUGACCCCAUGCGACAUCAGUCCUUUUUCAGUCAGUGUUUCACCAACCUGGGCCUGUUGGGUCGAGGCUCUUUCGGGGAAGUGUAUAAGGUGCUGAGUCUUCUUGACGGGUGUCAGUAUGCAGUGAAGCGUUCCGUGCAGCGGUUCCGUAACGGCAGCGACCGUGCGCGAUGCUUGCGUGAGGCGCGGAACCAUGAGCGGCUGGGGCGGCACCCCCACGUGCUGGGCUUCGUGGCGGCCUGGGAGGAGGGCGGGCGCCUAUACAUCCAGACGGAGCUCUGCUGCACCAACCUGCUGCUGCACGUGGAGGACCUACCCAGCAGCCCUGACGAGGGGACAGUGUGGGGUUACCUGUGCGACCUCCUCUCGGCUCUGCGUCACCUGCACACCGACGGCUUCACCCACAUGGACCUGAAGCCCGCCAACGUGUUCAUCACGCACUCCGGACGCCUCAAACUGGGCGACUUCGGCCUGCUGCUGGAGAGAGGCACGGGCGGUGGAGGGCGAGGCAAAGUGGGGGGCCGAGACGGAGACCUCUCUGAGACGGAGAAGGAGGACAUGCAGGAGGGGGACCCCAGGUACAUGGCCCCAGAGCUGCUCAGGGGCCAAUACGGCCCGGCCGCAGACAUCUUCAGUCUUGGGGUGUCCAUACUCGAGUUGGCCUGCAAUAUGGAGGUUCCCAAGGGAGGAGAGGGUUGGCAGCAGCUUCGCCAAGGCAUUCUGCCCUCCGAAUUUACCAACGGCCUGUCCCCUGAGCUGCAGCGCGUGCUGCGUCUGAUGCUGGCCCCGGAGGCCUGCAGGCGGCCCUCAGCGGAGCAGCUGCUGGCGCUGCCGUCUGUCCGCAAGCACAGCUGGAGACGCCACAUCUGCCUGCUGCUGCACGAGAGCCUGCACACACUCCUCUCCUACUCACAGUCGGUGGUGUCUGUAGGCUGGGGCCUCCUGUCCUCUCUCAAUCUGCCCUUCCUGCCCCGCUGCACCCCCCCAGCCCCCUGCACCCCCCCGAGGGACAGCUGGGAGAAGGAGGGGGACGUGAGCACCCUGCCGCCCAGCCCCCCCACGCCCCCCAGCGUGCUCCACCACUCCGGGGCAGAGUCCGUGUUCCUGGGGGAGGAGUCCGCGGUUCUGCCCGUGCCGCCACGCUUCCACGACUCCCCUUCAGACAGGCUCCCAUCUCGGAUCUCGUUCGGCAGCACGUCCACGCCGCUGUCUGCCCCCUCCACCAGAGCCGACGGCAGCCCUCUGCACUCUACGCAGACGCAGAGCCGCGAUUGGCUGACCACGCUGGAGAACCUGGCUUACACUCCGCCCAGCUCUCGCUCUAGAGCGUCGCCGGUUUUGAGACUGGACGGCGCCGCCGACACCACCACCUCGGCCACCUGCACGUCGGGCUUCAGCCCCAUAAGCCUCCACCACAGCAGCCUGAACCGCAGCCAGCGGCUGCUGUCCUCUCGGACCUUGGACCAGAACAGCCCGCCACACACGCCGUGUUCCACGCGGUCACUCUCGCGCUCGGUUUUACGCUGCGGCGAGACGGAGUGGGCCGUAGGGGAGGAGUCUUUCAACAAGCGCAGCUUUGAGCCCAAGAACCUCCUGACGAUGUUCGACGACGCCGUGUAGAGAGAGAGAGAGAGAGAGAGAGAGAGAGAGAGAGAGAGAGAGAGAGUGAGUGUGUGUGUGUAAGGGAGAGACUGGUGUGCGAGUAAGAGAGGGAGCGAUAGCUGCUUUAUGUGUUAGAUACUAUUGUGUGUGUGUUGUCACUGCCUAUUUUGCUUGAAUAUGUGUACCUGAAUACUGCCAGAGUAAAGGUUGGAAUCUAUGUACAUAGUUAUUUAAAAUGGAAAGGAAAAAUAUGUGUGCUUUAUUGCUUUUUGAACAAGUGUUAUUGAGACAGAGUGCUUUAUGUCUAUUGUUGGAGUUUUCCAGUGGAUUUUUUUUUGCCCUUAUUUUAAAUUGUUGUGUUGUUGAGUGCAGAUUGUAUGACUGGGGGGAAAAUUAAACAAAGUGCAGGUGGUUCUAGAAUUCCAUCUAGCGACUUUGCUGCUCA